CACAUAUCUCCAAUUCCAAAAACUUUGCAUUUCUUUUCAUUAGCCAUGGACACAAUACCAUUAUCAAUCUCUUGAUAGUUUGAAAAAAGGUUUUUAAAUGGUGACAUAUGAAAGGUGCAACCAGAAUCAACUAGCCAAUCAGAUUCACACAGAUAAUCCGAUAGCACAGAGUUCAAAUAAGCAUAAUCUUUGAUCAUUAACACAUCACCAAAGUUGUUUGAUUCACUAGCCAUAUUAACACGAUCUUUUUGCUAAAUUUUCUUAGGCUUAGAACAACUAUUACUAAGGCACUACUGCCAGAAUUCAUGGCCGGAAAAAGCUUUUCUCGGAAGUUCUUAACACAAUUUCUGAAGAAGAUAAAUUACAAGGUUCAGUUCAAGGUGAUUUCAAGGGAUGUCCUUCAGCCAGCUUAUGCAAUCUUGAAGAACUUCUUGCAGAAGCUUGGUCUGCAGGGGGAAUUUUCAAUUGGAACACUAUCCUUUAAUCAGAGAGCCCUUUCUAUAAUAGCUUCUGAUUUAGGAAGGCCACUUAAAGUGGAUGAAAGCACCCUCAGGUUCUCUAGACCAGAACUGGCUCGUUUUUGUGUGGAAAUUGAUGUCUCCAAGCCACCCCCUUCUAAGAUUCAUAUCAACCUGAAUCAAGAGAGGGAACUCAAACAACCAGUCCAAAUCAGAGAAAACAAGGGCAAAGAGAUAAUUGGAGAAAAGUGGACUGUUAUUACCUCCAAAAGAGGUGGGUCUGAAGCUGUUUGGAAAAGAAAACUGGGUCCCUCUUCUGGUCCUGGGGAAUGUUCCAAUUCAUGUGAGGCACAACAACUACAGGACAAGGACAAGGACAAGGAGACCCCAGUGCCAGUAGUACACUGUCCAGCCCCUCCAACUUCAGCUCCCACUUCUGCUCUUUUAGACCAUACACCUCCUCAAGGCACAGAAGUUUCUCCAGACAGUGAAGGUAAUAAUAUGGCAUUGGUUUUGAGGAAACCACUGCCUAUAGCUGAAUCUAAAUUCUCACCACUCCUGCAACUUGAAGAAGAAAAUGAAAGUGAUGAAUCAGAUUAUGAAGACCUGGGAAUUAAGUAUGAUUAUCCCUGCAAUUCCAAAAGCCUCCCACCAAUUACAGAAAAAGUUAAAGAGAUCCAGCUCAAUACCUCAAUUAAAUCCAGGCUUAGAUCAGCCAAUAAGAGCUCAAAUCACUCAGUUUCCCAAUGAAUGCUCUUUUUUGGAAUGUUUGUGGUAUCAAGUCUUCCCUCAAUAGACUUAUACUUCUCAAGAAAUGCUAUAAUUUCAUUUUCCUAGCUGUCUUUGAACCUAUUGUGGAGGAAAAAAAACUGGACUUUUACAAACUCAAGCUUGGCUUCAAUCAUGGAUUUUCAAGUCAAUUUAACAAAUGUUGGAUCUUCUG